UUGUAGUACGUCAUAAGACAGUUGUAACAAAGAAGCAUGUUUAUGGACGACAGUGGUAUCGAGAGUGGCGACAAGCUGGAAUCGUUGUUCAUCGAUGAACUGGCAACCUUCGGAGAGGACCAUCUGUUAAAGGAUGCUACAACAAAUGUCCCGAAAGGAGGAAGUCUCGAUUCCGACGCAGAAAGUGACAUCUACUCCAAGCUGAACGAUUUCGAUGUGGUGUUUGAGAAUCCGGGCGAACGGCAUGACCCGAUACGGGCGGCCGUAGCAGCGGCUGCUGCCCCCGUGCCCGACUCGGACCGUCUUCCAGCUGCGCCCCAACAGCAGAAGCUACCGUAUCCUGCCAGUGCAGGUGGACGCAAGGUUCUGACAAGUGACAACAGUACCGAUUCGUUCGCUUCCUCCUCGGCCACGUCCAGUGGCGGUACGGUGCCUUCCGGUGCGAACGGAGACGAUGGUUCGCAGCGUGACCACAGUACGGUGGCGCAGCUCAGCACGUGCAAAAUAUUGCAGCGCAAGCUCGAGCUGAAGGUGGAGCGCGCCAAACGCAACUACAAGCAGAUGUAUCAGGAUGGGCAUGACACGGUAGAGAAAGAGCCUAAAAUUAGCAGCCUCAUACCGAUAUCGCGACUUCCAAUACCGGCCGGACGGGAGAGCCAUCAGCUGGUCGAUGUUAACACGGGCUUCAACAGUGACGAUGACGAGCUGGAGAACGUAUCGUUCUUUCCGCGCCACAAUCGUAAGGGUAGUGGAGGGGUAGCCCACACCCGUCAGGAACUUUCGGACACGUUCAGCAUCCAGGAGAUGACGAUCGAGUCGGACAAUGAUGAGCUGGAUUUUGAACAGUGUCGCAAGAUGUCCGACAGCAAAGGGUACAGAAAAAUACUUAACCGUGGCAGCAGUGCUGCCGGACAGGACGACUAUCUCGACAACGAUACGCUGGAUGAGGAUGAUGAUUCGCAGAACCUGGAGCUGUUACCACCGAAGGGUGGAUAUGCUGUCAAGGAACAGCUACGGCGAAUGUUUUGCUGCUGCUGGAAGAGUGACGAGUUCCUGUGA